AAGUAGUGUGCAUUUCCGGUAAACAUCAAUUUAGUGGAGGGAAUUUCCUGAAAAUUCAAGUUUUUUUUAAAAAGAGUGUCAGUUUGGAAGACUCGUGUUACUGUUUAGUUUUUGUUAGUUAAUAUUGUUACUGCAUCAGGUUUAUAUUAAAAGAAUCUGCGCGACCUCCACCAUGUUUGGAGGAAAUCCUGGCGCAAGUGGUGGUGGAUUCACUUUUGGUACCCCAACGUCUACCCAGGGAGCUCCUGUUAGUUCAAGAACACCCGUAGGAGGAUUUUCAUUUGGACAGAAGCCAGCAACAACAGCUGCAGCAUCAGCCACUCCAUUUGCUAUGGGCAUACAACCUCAGGCCUCCACCCAGGGUUUUUCUUUUGCAUCAUCCACCAGUACAGCUACACCUGGGGGUUUUACUUUUGGAUCAGGGACCGGAGGAGUUAUGGGAACUGCCACUCCAGGCAUGCCCUCUGCACUCUCCACACAGACAACUGCCCCUGCAACCACUGGUCCACAGGUUGGUGGACUGGCAGGGUUCGCUAUGGGUAAAAUGCCUACAGUGUCCACAGCAACAGCAGCAACAGGAGCCACCCCAGCUGCUGCUCCCACAGGAUUGACACUAGGAGGAAGCACAGGAGCAACAGCUACAUUCAACUUACCAGGACAAACACCAACAGCAGCCACUAAGCCACUUGGAAUAUCAGUGGGUACCACUCAAGGAGCCGCCCCAGGCCUUACAUUGGGGACCGCCAAUACCACCACUGCCACUGGAUUAACCCUUGGAGGAACAGCCACCACUGCAAGUGGUUUCCAGUUUGGUGGUGCCAAAACAACAAGUGCUGCACCAACUCUAGGAGGCUUAAUUGCUGGCACCACAACUGCUGCCACAAAACCACAGACCUCCACACUUAGUUUUCCAGUGGCAGCCUCUGCUGCAGGCACUGCAGCCACAAGUUCGGCUGCCAGCACAGUCGCGACAGCCGCCGUCCCAGAGACCAAGAUGUCGUAUCAACAGCUGGAGGAGAACAUAAAUAAAUGGAUGUCAGAGCUGGAGAAGCAGGAACAGGACUUCUUAGAACUGGCCACCCAGGUUAAUGCCUGGGACAGACUGCUGGUGGAAAAUGGAGAGAAGAUAACCACACUGAACAGUGACAUGGAACGAGUGAAGGUAGACCAGCAGAAGCUGGACCAUGAGUUGGACUUCAUUCAUUCACAGCAGAGGGAGUUAGAGGAGCUACUGGUCCCUCUAGAGAAGACAGUAGAACAACAGCCUAAUAUUAACAUUCAGCAACACUCAGCUCUGGAGCGGGAAAACACAUAUCAGUUAGCAGAGAACAUUGAUGCCCAGCUAAAGAGGAUGCUGUCAGAUUUAAAAGAAAUCAUUGAUCAUCUGAAUUCCUCUAAUACAAAUCAGGAUCAAAAUGACCCAAUUCAGCAAAUCACUAAAAUUUUAAAUUCUCACAUGGACUCGCUGCAGUGGAUUGAUCAGAACACAACAUUAUUGGGGAGGAAAGUGGAGGAAAUUUCAAAACAGAUGGAAAUUCAGCGGAGAGAACAGGAGAGGAAUUUCAGACUUGUGUAUAACUGAUGUUUGUUUUUGCAUCGUUUCACAAAUUCUAUUAAGUUCACAGAUCAUCUGUCAUGACAAAGCACCUGGGUUAAAGGAUGGACCGAGUAUGACCCAUGAAUUCUGUCAUAUUGAUAAUAAUUAAAGACAUUGCACUGUUUGUUACUGAUGAAAAAUUAGUUCUGUGAAGGAAAACACAAACUAUCCACAAUGGUAAUUUCCAGUGAAGGUGUUUUUCUCUUUAAGCAGUUAUGUAAGACCUUGUUACAAUGAAAGACAAUGGGAAAUUCUAUUAUUCUUUUGAGACAUUGUUGAUGUAUGGGCAAACUAGCAUUCAGAUUCCAAUAAAGACAAAGAUAAGUUAUAUCUGUUACUUUUUUUUAAGAAGUGCUGCAUGUUAUGUUUUCUAUUUUUUCAUUAUCACUGUUUGUUUUAAAAAUUGUCUGUGUAAUAUGCUAUGUUUUUUUUUUUUGUAACCAAUGUUAUUACAUGUAACUGUCAGAGAGCAUUAGUAAGGUGUCCGCCAUCCUCUGUCUGUCUGUCUGUCUGUCCAUAUUCUUGUCUGUUCAUAUUCUUAUAAACAAUUUAUCAAAGUUCAAAUCCUUCGACAGUUUUGGUGUCUUCACUAAGAUACAUAAUUCCCAAUAAGGUUUUUCAAUUUUGACAAAUUAUUUGCCAUAGUAGCUAAAACAAAUAUAUUUCUGAUUCAGGGAUUCUCUGAAAUUCUUUCCAAACAGUAUUCCUAGAACAUUUUUGGCAUGACUUGGUAAACAAGUAGACUAUAACAAGAUACAUAAUUUGAUCAUUUUCUAAUAUGACAAUUAAUGUUGCCAUGAUUACUAAAACUAGACGUGUAGUAUUUUCACAAAAUGCUUCCUUUCCUAGUUUUAAUUGUAAUCUUAUUUCAGUUAGAGUGGUACACAAGUAGACAUAUAGAGAUGUACAGUUCUAUUAAUUUAGGGGUUUGAUGCCAUGUGUUACAAUAAAUUUUAAAAAAAUUC